CACGUGCAGUACUGAUUGAUCUCCUCUAUCUUCUCUUCUGUAGUCGGCUCUAACCCUAAUUAGGGUUUCACCAUGUCUCACAUAGCAGUGGAAAGAAACAGGAGAAGACAGAUGAAUGAACAUCUCAAGGUCCUCCGAUCAUUGACUCCUUGCUUCUAUAUCAAGAGGGGAGAUCAAGCAUCGAUAAUAGCUGGGGUGGUGGAGUUCAUAAAGGAGUUGCAUCAAGUGCUUCAAUCGUUGGAGUCCAAGAAGAGAAGGAAGAGCUUGAGCCCUAGCCCUAACCCUAGUCCGAGAUCAUCCUUACUCUUGCAACUUACUCCUCACGUUCCUGAUAUUAAUAAUAAGUCAAUUGUUCCAUUUGGAUUAGUUCAUGAGAUGAUGACGUCUACUAGUAUCCUUAACAAAAACAACAACAUGAAAGAGUUUAUCGCGUCUUGCAACUCUCCUUUGGCUGAUGUUGAGGCUAAAAUCUCUGGAUCAAACGUCAUUCUGAGGACGGUUUCAAAGAGAAUUCAUGGACAAGUGGUGAAGAUUAUCGGUGUUCUCGAAAAGUUCUCUUUCGACAUACUCAACUUGAACAUUAGCAGCAUGGAGGACACUGUCCUCUACUCGUUUGUCGUCAAGAUAGGGCUAGACUGCGGGCUAAGUGUAGAAGAACUAGCAUAUGAAGUUCAGCAAAGCUUCUCAUCUAAUCAUGAAGCUUAAUCAAAUGAGUUAUCGAGUUUGUAAUUUUAUAUUAUGAUGCAAGUAUUAAACAUAUACAUUAAUAAGUUCCUAAUUAUUAUAAGUUUCAAUUAAAUUAAGUUGUUAAUGGAAAUGGAAUCAUUUGAGUUUUAAGUAAUAUAUAU